UGGAAAUGAACCUAUAUAAACGCUCGCUAUUCAAUAGACCAAUUCUAGUUAAAAUAUAUUUGUUCGUAAAUAUAUACAGACACAGAUCCACUCAUUGUUUUAAAAUGGGUGUAAAUUCCAAAGACGUUCAAAAAUGGAUAGAUGAGGUUAUGGCCAAAGAGGGUAUCAGUAACUACAAGCUGAAUAUGUCUGGAUCGUCUUCCAAAGGCGAUGGAUAUUUAGGAGAAAUUAAUUUCGUUAAAGUGACUGCAGACGUGGGGAAACAAGAUGACAAAGAGUAUGAUAUGGUUAUUAAAACUGCAAAAAGUAAUGAUGAAUUAAGGAAGAAAUCUCCUAUUGCUGAAACGUAUCUCAGAGAAAUCCAAAUUUACACGGAAGUCUUACCAGCUAUAAAACAACUACAAAAGGAAUACAGUAUAAAGAACCCAUGCGCCAGUUAUGUAACGUGCUACACCACCUGCAAAGAAGACAAAAAGGAAUCCCUAGUCCUGGCAAACUUAAAAACCCUUGGAUACACGGUGCACGAUAGGACUAAACACCAAAAUUUCGAUCAUGUUCUGUUCGUUUUCAAAACAUACGCCAGAUGGCACGGAGCUAGUAUGGCGUUGAAGAAAAAAAAACCUGAUCUGUUCAGAAGUAUUACCAAAAACAUGACGGACCAGCCGGAUUUAUUGGGCCAGUUUUUUGUGAUGUCUGGUAUGGUGCCCGUGCUGAAGAAGUAUUGCCAACAAGGGUUGGAUUUGUUGAGAAAGAAUGGUAAGGAACUUGCCGCUAAGAAAAUUGAAAAGGAGGCGAACAAUGUUGAAGAGAUGCUGGGAUCUAUGACACUAAAUAACGAUAGAGAAGCUGAUACUGAGGCUGUGAUUUUGCACGGGGAUUGUUGGAACAAUAAUAUGAUGUUCAAGUAUAAAGGAGACGACACAUCAAAACCAAUUGAUUUGGUUUUCAUUGACUACCAGCUCUCACGAGUGGCUUCUCCAAUUUUGGAUCUUUCCUAUUACUUGUACGCCACCGCCGACAAAUCUACAUUAGAUAAAUUGGACUAUUUGCUGGAAGAGUACCACAAGGAACUGACUAAUUAUUUACGCCAGUUCAACAUUAAGUCCGAUGAUAUUUUAACUCUCAAACGAUUGAAGAGUUCUUGGAAGAAGUACGGGAGGUUCGGUCUUGGCAUGGCCGGAAUGAUUACUAGAAUCGAGUUGUGUCAAGAAGAUGAAGUCGUUGAUUUUACGCAAAAAAUCGGUGAUGGUUCUAUGGUUGAUCUCGAGAUUACCGCCAUUAGGCUGCAAAAAGAAUACGAUACCAGAUUGUUUAAUGUUUAUUAUCAUUUUGCCGAGAAAUUUUUAUGAUUUAUUUGAAAAUUGUUGUUCGUAGUACAUGGAAUAGA